CCAGCUGUACGUAAGUACAGAGAGAGGAAGACUGCAAGGAGUUCAGACGCAAGUCAACGUAGCUAGAUCGCAAGGCCGUCGACAGACAAAGCCUAUCAGCAAACAACCAGAGAGGAAAGGAGGCCCACCCCGCUUCCCCUCCUCUUCACGUGACUCAAGGGAGCACCCAGACCCCAUUUCCCAGCUGGAUAGCGGUGCUCUGUCGGAGCAACGCUAAGGUUCUACUUAGCCGUAAAAACGGAAGUCGUCGGGCUGGAGUGUGUUCUGAUGGCCGAGUCAGAGACUGAAUGUGACACUCCGGGCCUUGACACACUGGGCUCCGAGUGUGUCAUAACGCAAGUAGGAGACCUGCAUUAUGCCGCAGAGACAGAGAUCAUGUCUGAGGACAAGCGGCUGGAGUUGGAGGCCCUCCACGGCUCCGACCUGGCCAAGAUGCAAGGCCUGGGUCCGGAGGUGGGAGCGCUGACUUGCGUCGACACCAUGGUGGAGACGGACCACGACUACACCAAGGCGGAUCAGACCCCACACUACUUCACCACGCACGACAUAAAGCACGAGGGCGCCGAGACCUUCCUGGGCGAAGUCCUCCUCAAGGCAGAGAUGAGCGGUGCCGGGCCCGACCACGUGGUCAAAGCCGAGUCGGACCAUGGCGGCGAGCUGACUGUGGAGUCGGAAAACGGUGUGGUCAUCCACGAGGCCCACGGCCUGCAGUGCAAUGAGUGCGGCGAGAUCUUCAGCAGCAUCACAGACCUCCACCAACACUUUGAGAUCCACAAGGCUACUAACCCGUACAUCUGCGUCCACUGCGGCGAGAGCUUCGCCGUGGACUCCAGCCUGAAGGCCCACAUGAAGAUCCACAUGAAAGAGAAGAGCUACGGCCCCACGGGCGUGGAGCUGGUGGGCAAGGUGGGCAUUGACGCCUUCAACCUCAAGCCGCACCAGAUGAUGCACUCGCCCGAGAAGCCGCAUCGCUGCUCCGAGUGCGGCAAGAGCUUCGCCGCCGCCAUCACCCUGCGCGAGCACAUGAAGAUGCACUCGGACGACAAGCCCUACAAGUGCACGCAGUGUCGCAAGAGCUUCAUCCGCCGCCGCCACCUCAAGAAGCACCAGGAGAUGCACGCCCGUGACAAGCCCUUCAGUUGCACCCUCUGCGGCAAGGGCUUUGCCACCGCCUCCAACCUGAAGCAGCAUCAGAAGUCGCACGCCGGCGACAAGCCUCACCGCUGCAUGCAGUGCGGCAAGUGCUUCGCGGCGGCCGCCACGUUGCGCGAGCACGCCCGGAUCCACUCGGGCGAGAAGCCCUACAAGUGCAACCAGUGCAGGAAGAGCUUCGUCCGCAAGCGCCACCUGAAGAAGCACCAGCUGGUGCACUCUGGCGGCAAGCCGUACCGCUGCUCCCACUGCGACAAGGGCUUCAACCAUUCCUCCUCGCUGUCGCGCCACAACAAGACCCACCAGGACGGCAAGAACAUGUACGUGCACACGCCCCAUCACGCCCACGUUCACACCCCGCCCGAGAAGGUCAAGAACAUCUACGCCCCGCCCGAGAAGUCGGUCAGCGUGUUCUACGACACGCCCACCCCAAAGAAGCGCGGCACGCCCGGCGACAGGCAGUACAACUGCCGCUACUGCGAGAAGACUUUCAACCACUCGUCCUCCCUGUCCCGGCAUCAGAAGACUCACUCGGAUGGCAAGUCCUACGCCUGCUCCCACUGCGGCAAGAAUUUCACCCACUCGUCCUCCCUGGCCAGGCACCAGCGCGUCCACAUGGAUGAGAAGCCCAUCUUCACCGUGCCGUCGCCCAAGAGCUACAGCCCCGUCGUCAAGCAGCAAAGAAUUCUGCAAAGUGAAAAGCCAUACCGUUGCUCUCAGUGUGGAAAGGGGUUCAAUCACUCAUCCUCCCUCUCCAGGCACCACAGAAUCCACAUAGACCAGUGAGAGAAGGGCUGAGAGAGUGAGCGAGCACGCACACGCUUUCUGGAGAUUUCGAUUGUGGAUUCUCUCACUCCUCCCCCAGUAGUUUCACCAUGUAACAAAUUUAGGGCCACAUUUCAGCUGUAAGGUUUUUGUCCUUUUGAUUUAAAACAAACAAAAAAAGAUCUCAAGUUAAAACUUAGCUGUGCCCGGAGCUGAAGGACUGUAAAUUCUCUCUACUCAGCUAAUCUUAGAAUAUAUAUAUAUAUAUAAGGACAUUGAGCCGCUAUCCCUAGUGAUCCUGCUUGAAUGGCUUGAUUUGUUACAUGCCUCCUCAAUGUUUUUAAAGAUGAGUUCACCUUUGACAUGAUUAACCUUGUAUAAUAGAAAUAAUCUCCAUAGUGAUUUCAGUUAACAAAUGACACUCGGGCCAGUUCUUGUAAAAGUGUCCCACACCACAGGCCUAAAAAAAGGAGUGAAGUUUAAAAAAAGAAACUGUUCUCCCUCUUCCUCCUCAUCUCUUCUCCCUUGAGGUUCCCUUCACUGAAACUGACAGCCACACCAGUUGUUGGAGUAAACGAGAUGUUGAAGAGAUAAGUUGUUCUUGAUGCAGGUUCACCCAUUGUUGGUUAACAUGACAUCAUCUGUAAAUACAUGUCUUUCUUUUCUUUUCCCCUUUUUUAAAAUGUAUGUAUAGGUGUGUUAGUAUGCAGGUGUUACCUGAAGCUGAGCUAUAUUUUUGGUAUAAUCCCCUUGAGUCUUACCCCACCCUUUUGCCUAGUAAUUACCUAAUGAUUCGAUGUUAACUAGAUGUUUGUCACAUCUUAAGUGAAGGGAGGAGAUGGAAGGUGACACUCUACAUUUCCUAAAGAGCUUUACAAAAAAAAUGUGUGUAGCCUGACGAGUGUAUUUUUUGCAACCUCACAUAAAGUCACUGGAUAACUCUGAAAAGCUCCAUCAUGGAUGUAUAAUGUGUGUUGUUGACCCUUUUCUGUAACUUCACUUGAGUACAGUUCUAGUAAAAAAUUUGAAAAUGGCUUCAAUGACCCACGAGUCUAUCAUGCCCAUCAACACCUUUCUAGUUUUUGGUUAGCACAUUGUGGAUGGUACACCAUUAAGUGAGUGCAGUUACCGGUUUCCAGACUGAGGCCGAAUGUGUUCAAGCCGGGCUUGACGUUCUAGGAGGUUUUACUCUUGAUGUAAGCAGUUGGGUUAACCCCUUGUCUACAAGGUUAAACUAUGUUAAGCAUCCUACCAGUGACCUGUUCUGAUGGUGGGUGGGAGGCAGAUUUUAAUCCAAAUAUAUAUUAGGAGUACAUGGUUUAUACAUAUAAGAUGACAAAUAUUCUUUUCUCUGGAAACUAAAAUCAGCAGUGUAUAGCUUAUAUACGUAACUUAUAUUCAAGACACACAAAAAACUAUCAAAGAUUGUGUAAUAGAUUGUGUGCUCAAAGUACGGCUUAUAGCUUGCUUUAAUGAACACCUAGUUUGAUCUAAGGAAACAUUUUCAGAAUUUCAUGGGUUUGCACUUUCUACCUACCAGUUCUGUGUAUGGGGGGGUCUUUUACAAACUGAUGUAUUUUUUUAAAUAUGGUUUGGGUCAUUUGAAAGGGAAACGAAAGGUAAUAACUGUUUUCAUGAGUGAGCAUUAUUAUAUAGAACAACUUUCUUUUCCCUCCUUUUGGUUAACAAUUGUGCUUCAGACGGUAGCAUAGGCUUCAUGUUAGUUAGGUGCCUUAAUGCAUGCUGUGUAGAAAUGUAUGCUGAGCUAUAAUUGAGAAAAAAGUAAGGUUUUGGCUAUUCCUCCUUUUUUGUUCCAAUACAUACUAACCAAUGUUUGUUUUAAUUCUGUUUUAUUUGCUUUGACAACUGUAUAUGAUUAUUGUUUACAGUUAUUGUCCUUUUUAAUUUCCCAGUCUGUCCAUUUGGCCUUGGUGUAGAGAAAAAAAUAGAAGUUACAAUAAGGAAGUUACAAUGAUGUUGAUCCAUAUUUUAUAAUUGCCCUCCUUUUAGUGGUUAAAAAAGCUGCCAUGCUAUUCCAUCUGUCCAUCAGAGUGGCGCAUUAUGGACAAAAUAAAGGUUGUUGGCUGUCCAA